AUGGAUUUUCCAGAGUCGGUGACAGUGAUGGUACUGGCGAGAUUGCCGAUUAUAGACAUUGCGAGACUGAAACUGGUGUGUAGAGGAUGGAAAUUUCUCUUGGAGUCUUCCUAUUUCCGUGAUCUCUACGAAACCAUAAACCAAAGGAAACUGUCCUCAUCGUGGUCGAUCCUGUACAACGACCAAUCUUCUAAUACUGCUUUGGAAUUCUUCUGCGAGAGAUGGGGUCUUACGAAGUCACUAGGUUCUUGCGUCACACGUUUUCUGGACGAGAUGAAAGCAGCUAACAAUAACAGACGAGUGCGUAUCUUGGCUAUCACGGAAGGGUUGAUUUUGACCAAAUUCGGACCUGGGACGUUCUGUGUUGCUGAUCCUGUGUUGAGAGAAUGGAUCAAAAUCCCUCGUCAUCCUCCUUAUUCUUCUCAGGAUGAUUUACAAGGCGCAGCAAUUGUAACACACAUGAACAACGGUGAUGUCUUAGGUUAUAAGGUGGUUCGGUUUGGAGUCUCUAUCUUAGGGAUAGGAAUGAAAAGGGAUAGGCUUUGCUUUCAGAUAUAUUCGUCUGAUUUAGGCAAUUGGACUUACCACCACGUCUCUACCCAACGUCCCAUCUCCAAGCUCCUCCCAUCCAAUCCCCUUAAUUUGAAUGGUUAUCUUCAUUGGCUAUGCCGUGCAACUCAAGUAAUCUUUGCUCAUGAUUUCUAUGCUCCUACCGAGCUUUGUCGUGUCAUCGAUUUACCUCAGCGCUCUGCUAAGGGCUAUUUUAAGCAACCAGGGCAAGGAGACGAAGCCACCCUCACUAUCUCAUGUGGGUCACUCAUGUAUAUGAACACUGAUACCGGAAGACCAAACCAGCAACUCAAAAUUUGGAGGCUCAAGAACUAUAUCAGUGGCUCUUCCAAGGAAUCUUGGGAACUUUUGUGGACCCUUAGGCCUGGCCUUGAUCUCAGUGUUGGAUGUGUUCCAGUGGCAAUGCAUCCAUUCGAUAAAGAGGUCGUUUACCUCGUAACCCGCAAAACUAAUUUCUUGCAAACACAUGCCCAUCUUGUUAUAGGUAAUCUCCGCACAAAAAAGUUCCAACUCCACAAAGACUGGAAGCAAAAAACCAUGGAAUUCGGAGACUAUGAACCUCGUCUCUUUCAUCAGUUCUUGCUUCCACAACGACUUGGCUCCAUUCCUUGUCCACCUGGCUGCACUCUUGCUACACUUACCGACCAACACUAG